UCUGCUGCCCUCAAGGCGGCGCGAGUGCAAACACCGCACGCGUCUGCCGCUGCCCUAUCCCGGCGACAACUGGCGGAGCCCGCACCGGGACCGUGAUGCUGCGGGUGGGUAAAGGCAGCACUGCGGGCCCUGAGGGCGGCGCAGAGGGCGGCGCUGCAGGCGUGAAAGGCGCCUUUGUGCAAGCCCGGCUGUAGGACCCGGGGAGACGAGAGAGCCGACCGAAACCUGGAAUCGUGGGGCAGAGGCGUCCCACACUCCCAGCCGUCGGGUCUCCAGCAGGACAGCCCGGGAGCGCGGUGGAACGCGCACUGGCCCUGCAGAGGUUGUCUGAAAGCAGUUUCGAGGAAGUUGGGGAGAGGGACUUGUCUCCCCGCCCUCUCCCCCCCUAGGUGGCAGAGGCCCCGCUGGCUCCAGGGUGCCACCGCUGCCCCGGAGCUCGCUCCGGAACCGGCAUCUGGAGAGCCGCCCCCGGGUGGGGCCGCCCGCCUGCCGCCCACCUGGAGCAGAGUGGCGGGCGCGGCGAGGCCUCCCUCCUGCGCCCCGGCCGCGUGGCUUGCGGCUUAUUUUCCCAGCUGGCAAGCGUCGCGCUGCAGACAAGGGAAUGCCUGUGGUCCUGCGUGUUCCGGAGCUCGGGGGCAUCCUGAUCCCGCAGAGCCCCUUCCAGGUGCGGAAGGGUUAAGAAUGAUGAAGAAGAGGAGGAAGCGAGGCGCGCCCCCCGGCCCAUGCCGCAGCCAGAGGCCCGGCCCAGCCACUGCGCCCGCGCCGCCGCCCUCGCCGGAGCGCACGAGACCUGCAUGGACGGGCAUGGGCGUGAGAGCAGCACCUUCCUGCGCCGCCGCCCCCGCCGCCGCCGGGGCUGAGCAGAACCGCCGCCCCGGGCUCUGGCCGCCGUCUCCCCCGCCGCUGUUGUUGCUGCUGAUGCUCAGCCUUGGGCUGCUCCACGCAGGUGAUUGCCAACAGCCGGCUCAAUGUCGGAUCCAGAGAUGUACCACAGACUUCGUGUCCCUCACUUCACACCUGAACUCUGCCUCUGAUGGCUUUGACUCAGAGUUUUGCAAGGCACUCCGUGCCUAUGCCGGCUGCACCCAGCAAACUUCAAAAGCCUGCCGUGGCAACCUGGUGUACCAUUCUGCGGUGUUAGGUAUCAGUGACCUCAUGAGCCAAAGGAACUGUUCGAAGGAUGGACCCACAUCUUCUACCAACCCAGAAGUGGCCCAUGACCCUUGUAACUACCACAGCCACGGGGGAGUCAGAGAACACAGAGGAGGGGACCAGAGCCCUCCCAAUUACCUUUUCUGCGGCUUGUUUGGAGACCCUCACCUUAGAACUUUCAAGGAUCACUUCCAGACAUGCAAAGUGGAAGGGGCCUGGCCACUCAUAGACAAUAAUUACCUUUCGGUUCAAGUGACGAAUGUUCCUGUGGUCCUUGGAUCCAGUGCAACCGCUACUAACAAGGUCACCAUUAUCUUCAAAGCACACCAUGAGUGCACAGAUCAGAAAGUAUACCAAGCUGUGACAGAUGACCUACCAGCUGCCUUUGUGGAUGGCACCACCAGUGGGGGGGAUGGUGACAUUAAGAGCCUUCACAUCGUGGAGAGGGAGAGUGGCCGCUAUGUAGAGAUGCAUGCCCGCUACAUAGGCACCACAGUGUUUGUGCGACAGCUGGGUCGCUACCUGACCCUCGCCAUUCGAAUGCCUGAAGACUUGGCCAUGUCCUAUGAAGAGAGCCAGGACCUGCAGCUGUGUGUGAAUGGCUGCCCCUUGAGUGAAUGCAUUGAUGAUGGACAGGGCCAGAUGUCUGCCAUCCUGGGGCACAGCCUGCCACACACCACCUCAGUGCAGGCCUGGCCUGGCUACACACUGGAAGCUGCCAGCACCCAAUGCCAUGAGAAGAUGCCAGUGAAGGACAUCUAUUUCCAGUCUUGUGUCUUUGACCUGCUCACCACUGGUGAUGCCAACUUCACUGCUGCAGCCCACAGUGCCUUGGAGGAUGUGGAGGCACUGCACCCCAGGAAGGAACGCUGGCAUAUUUUCCCCAGCAACAGCAGUGGAGGCGGCAGUGACUUGGCUAUUGGUCUUGGACUCACAUGCUUGAUCCUUAUUGUGUUUUUGUAGGGGUUGUUUCUCUUUUGGUUUUUGUUUGUUUUCUUCCU